CUUAGACCCUCUAUGCAGAUUCCGAUCUGAUUCUAAUUUGGCAUUAUACCAUUUCCGUUGGAUUCCUAUGGAGCGCUGUUAAUGGAUAAACGGCAGGGAGAAUCAUAAUCGGGAAAAACGACAGGCCCAUGUAAUCACGGAGCGGAAUUUAAAUUACAUUUUCAGACCAAAUUGAGGACGCUUUUUCGUUUGAAAUUCAGUGUUAUUUGAUUAAGAACUCACAAGAACGAUAUAAUCGUUUAGCGCAUGCGCGUUGAGUCACAUUAUUUUUUUGUAAAUAUCUCCUUUUCAGAGAUGGUGACUGUGUUUUGUAAUGCAAAUUCCAAUAGAAAUGGAUUAAUAUGUGGAAUUAAAUCUAGAUUUUUGGUGUGAUUUGAUAUUGUUGCACAAAUAUGGAGUUAUGGAGAAGACUCCGCAUCACUGAAAUCGUAUAUUUGUCGCCAGUUUUCUUAUAUUUUGUGUUUUGUACAGAAUAUCCCAUCGGUGCAAUUUUUGAUGAAAACUCUUCUGAUAUUAAAUACGCCUUCGAGAAGGAAAUAGAAUUUUUAAGUCGUCAACCCGACGCUAUUCCAAUUAAAGCGGAAAUACAAUUAUUAAAGUCCACUGAUAGUUUUGCAGUCAGCAAUGCAAUAUGUUCACUUUUGAGGAAGGGAGUAUAUGGUAUCAUCGGAGUGUCUGAUGCAUCAGCCUUACCUACCAUACAGUCUUAUAGCAACAAUUUUAAGGUGCCUUUCAUAGCUUUGAGCAUGAUUCAAAAUUCUUCAAGCCAUGGCGAUUUUCAGCUUUUUAUGAGACCGGUUUACGUGAACGGUCUUUUAGAUGUAAUUAUCAAAUAUGGCUGGGAGAGAAUAUUGUACAUUUACGAUACGGACGAAGGUUUAAUCCGGCUACAACAGUUAUUCCAAGCUGUCAAUACAAGGGAACAUUUUAUAGACAUUGAUGUUAAAAGGGUUCAAAAUGCCGAAGACUGCUAUAACAUGCUGAAGGACCUACAUAAAAAGGACGAGAAAACCACAAUUAGAGUGUUUCUAGAUAUACCAACGGAAAGCGCAGAAACAGUUAUCGUAAAGUUGAAAAACGACACAACUGUCAUGAAUCACAAAUUUCACUUUUUAUUAGGAGAAUUGAGGAUAGAAGAAAUGAAUUUGGCACCUUUUAAAAAUGGCGGCAUAAAUAUCACAGGUUUUCAGUUGCUGAAUUACACAACAUUAUUGAAAAAGAGUGCAAUAAAUAAGGCUUGGAAAAUAUGGGAUUGGCCGGACCCAAGCUAUUCUCAUCAAAUACCGUUGGAACCAGCUCUUGUAAUUGAUGCGGUAAACAUAUUCCAGCGGGCUUUAAAACAGCUCUACAAGAACAGGAAUGUCUACAACGAUUUCAAUGAUCGACAGUUUAAAAAUAUGAAAUGUACCGAUAAUAAUUAUGUGAGCCCAAAUAAUGGAACAAAUAUGAUGAUGAAACUCAAAGGAAAUGAGAUUGAAUUUACCGGGUUAACUGGAAAAGUGAGUUUUGACGAAAACGGUUUCAGGAAUAAGUUCAAGCUCCAUCUACUCGAGAUCACAAUGAAUAUGGGUCUAGCCGAGGUUGGUUACUGGAAACGUGACACCGGUUUGACGUCACAAGAACCCAACAGGAGACGCCCUGACCAGGAAAAGAAGAAAAAGAAACGGAUAGUCACCACUAUUAUUGACGAUCCAUAUAUGAUGUACAAGGACGAGGCAACUAAAGCUCUAAAACCCCCAUGUGGGAAGGAACAUUUUAUAGGUUUUUGUGCGGAUUUAGCAAAGGAAGUGGCCGCGCAUGUCAAGUUUGAUUACGACAUUUGCGUUGUUAAAGAUGGCCUGUAUGGAGAAUUACUUAUGAAUAAAACGUGGAAUGGUAUGAUUGGAGAAUUAACUCGUGACGAGGUUGAUCUGGCUAUUGCACCAAUAACGAUUACGUCACAGCGCGAGCGGGUUGUGGACUUUACGAAACCGUACAUGAGCUUGGGAAUCAGUAUUAUGAUCAAGAAGACAGCAGUUAAGAAAGCUAGUGUCUUUUCAUUCAUGGACCCGCUUUCCUACGAGAUAUGGAUGUGUAUACUUUUUGCUUAUAUUGGAGUCAGUGUCGUCCUCUUCCUUGUAAGCAGGUUCAGUCCUACAGAGUGGCACGUAGAUGACGGCGCCAGUAUUUCAAAUGACUUUACUAUAUCAAACAGCCUCUGGUAUUCUCUUGGAGCCUUUAUGCAGCAAGGUUGUGAUAUUUCACCCAGGUCAGUAUCAGGUAGAAUAGUCGGGAGCGUCUGGUGGUUCUUCACCCUGAUCAUAAUUUCCUCGUAUACAGCCAACCUGGCUGCCUUCCUUACCGUGGAGAGAAUGUUGACGCCAAUCGAAUCCGCGGAAGAUUUAGCCAAACAGACUGAGAUCCAGUACGGUAUCCUCGCUUCCGGCAGCACUGCAAGCUUCUUCCAGCAAUCAAAGUUUCCCGUGCAUGAGCGUAUGUGGGCAUAUAUGCAAUCUGCCAGUCCAAGCGUUUUUGUGAAAAGUAAUCAAGAAGGUAUCGAAAGAGUUCGGAAAGGAAACUAUGCGUAUUUGAUGGAAUCUACAACAAAUAAAUAUACAAAUAUGCGGAAACCUUGCGACACAAUGCAAGUCGGACCGAACUUGGAUUCCAAAGGUUAUGGCAUUGCUACACCCAUUGGAUCAGAUCUCAGAGAUCAGCUCACUCUAGCUGUGUUGAAAUUAAGAGAGGCUGGGAGGUUAGAGGAGAUGCAGAAAGAAUGGUGGGAGAAAAGAUCAGAAUGUCCGACAAAAGAAAAUAAUCAGGAUGGUGGCCAAGCCGAAUUGACGUUAGAAAACGUGGCCGGUAUAUUUUACAUUCUAGCUGGUGGACUAACACUAUCUGUCAUCAUUGCAUUUUUCGAAUUCAUUUAUAAAUCAAAACUAGACUCCAAACGUUCAAAGAAACCAUUUGGAUCUGUGUUGCGAUGUAAAGCGAGGUUGUCUUUCCGUGGAUCCCUGGAUAGGGAUAAUCCUAAUCCUAGUUCCCCACUCAGAAAAUCCAUGUCAACUUAUACAUAUACUGGUCCUUCCCACGUAGCCGGGGCGGAUGGAUUUCCAGAUAAUCUUCAUACUCAAGUAUGACCAAGGCAUCAUAACAACGAUUCUUCCAUUUAGCCAUAUUUAGCAUGUAAUAAUACAACGUAAAUUUUAAUACUGAUAGUAAUAGAAAUCGGCAAUACGACACUAAAAGUUAACCUGCGCAAGUGUGGGUAAAUACUAUUUAUAGCUCACAAGCACGUGAUGUCAACAUAUUGUCGACGAAUUUACUAUGACCUUGCCAU